GGCAUUGAUGAUGAAAAUCUGCAGUAAAUCAUCUGUUAAAAAAUCAGGAAAGAGUUGGAAUUAGAGAUCCUAAGUAUCAGUUUCUGUUUUUAACAUUUAAUUGAUUCAAAGUCUCGAUUAUACCCUGCAAAACAUAUUUUUGUAUAAUUAGGAAAUUGAAAAGGAGUUUUCGAUAUGUUUGGACGAUCAACUACUACAAACUUUGAUAGACUCUUGGAGAAAGCUACCAGCCAUCUCCUCUUGGAACCUGAUUGGACGUCUAUUCUACAGAUCAGUGACUGUAUUAGACAAGGGGAUGUGCAACCAAAAUAUGCUCUCAAUGCAACGAAGAAAAAACUGUAUGCUCAGAAUCCUCAUGUUGCUUUGUACGCUCUUCAGGUCCUAGAAUCCUGUGUGAAGAACUGUGGUGCUCCCUUUCAUCAAGAAAUCACAUCCAGAUCUUUUAUGGAGGAACUCAGAGAGCUGAUCAAGACGACUACUAACGAAAAUGUGAAGAACAAAAUAUUAGAACUAAUUCAAACUUGGGCCCAUGCCUUCCGCAACGAACCCAGUUACCGAGCAGUUCAGGAUACCGUGAAUCUCAUGAAAAUGGAAGGAUUCAAAUUCCCUGCACUUAAGGAAAGUGAUGCCAUGUUUGCUGCCGACACUGCGCCAGAGUGGGCUGAUGGAGACUGUUGUCACCGGUGUCGAGUUCAGUUCACGGUCGUUCAGAGAAAGCACCAUUGCCGAAACUGUGGACAGAUUUUCUGUGGUAAAUGCUCUUCAAGAAAUUCAGCUAUACCUAGGUUUGGUAUCGAGAAAGAAGUUCGAGUGUGUGAGGCAUGCUGGGAGAAACUGAACAAGUAGGUGACAUGAGAACAGU